AUGGGGACCUACUAUCGAAUCAGCCCCGGGAUUCUUGCAACUAUUGCCGGAUUUUUGCAGUUCUUUGUGACGACGAUCAUCGUGAAAUCUCUGGGCAUUCUUUUGGUGUCGAUGGGCGGGGAACUACGGACUGACACGUGGGAGCUAGGCUCAAUCUUUGCACUGAUCGAGUGCGUCAGCGAUGUGUUGGCACCAAUUGCAGGUCCAAUUGGUACGUUCAUCGGGCAUCGGCCGGCCGUCAUGUUGGGCGGUGCGCUAGUCAGCGUGGGUCUGGUAGCCGCGUCGCAAUCAACCAACGUCCUACACAUCGCGCUCUUGCUGAACCUACCUUUAGCAUCGUGCUUUGACGAAAUAUUCCAACUUACGAUAAAACAUCAUGUAACAUGGUUGAAGUAUCUUGAUUUGAUUUUCAAUUUUUUCCCCAUCGAAACUGUAAAAUAUCCCAGUGAUAUUUUGGACCUGUUUAUCGGGUAUUUGUUAUCUUUCCCAACAGCCACCGGCUACUGUCUCACUAACGUGCUUACGCGAACCGCACUUGGUGAAUAUUACGACCGUCGGAGUUUUGCACUGGCGUCUGGUAUCACCAAAACUGGAGUUUCCGUCAGUCUGGUCUGUGUGCCGCCUCUCGUUCAGGUGUUUAACGACACUUACGGAUGGAGGGGCACCAUGCUCCUAGUUGGUGGGAUUUGCGCUCAUCUUGUUGUGUGCGGCGCCCUCCUCAUGCCCUUGACUGCCAAGAAAACAAAUACGGGUACUUCCAAGGGUGAGUACGAACCUCUUCCUGAUAGCGGCUGUUCGAACCUGCCAAGCAGUUUCCCCCCGAGCAAUUGUGGAGUUGCUGAGUCGCUGAGAGAUCUUCUUCUGAGAGCGGGCACCUCUCUUAAUCUUCCCCUUCUGAAGAGCUGCAAGUUUUGGGUUGUCACUAUCAUUUUCGUGUCCACUCGAAUCACCAAGUCAGCGUGGAUCAUCUAUUUCGUCCCCCACGCUGUCGCUAAGGGGUUUUCCCAGAAUGCAGCCGCUGUCAUGGUAACCCUGGCCGGGGUCGGCCAUCUUGUGGGCACUGUCGUCGUCAGUGUGGUCCUGUUCAAGGAGAAGGUAGCGAGUACCAGCGCGAUGCUGGUUUCCUCACUCCUCCUAGCCGUGCCGUUCUUCCUGGAUCCCUGGCUGAACUCGGGGUGGUCGUUGUCGCUCGGCGGCCUGUUCGUUAUGUCAGCUGUAGGAUCGGUGUAUGCACUGUCUGACAUCAUGGUCAAGGAAUACUUCGGUUAUGAGAAGAUGGCGAGUGCUUACGGAUGGAUGGGAUUCUUUUCUGGUAUAUUUCGAGUAUCAUCUGGAUUUAUUCCAGGCUGGAUUUACGACCACAGUGGAAGCUACGACCUAGCUUUCAUCAUCCUGGGAACCAUCCAGAUUACUUCGCUGGUCCCCCUGCUAAUCAAUACACUAACAGUCGGCGAUGCGUUGAAGUGAUUGGAGGCCAGCUGUCACGUGGUGUCGACCAGCGGAUUAGCACAAGUUCGACUCAGGACAGUUGGUCAACUCGUAGUUGAUUCGAGACGAUAAUCACGCAUGCGCACUCAUAAUAGCGUGCGAACGUCUCUGCUCAUACGAUGAUCAAAACUAUUGUUACUUCUUCAGUGGUUCUCUGCUGUACAUUAUGAAGCCCGCGGCUGUUGUUACCAGCGAUGCGACCGACCUCCGUAGGCUUGUCCUAAACAGUUGAAUACCUCAUUAGCAUAAACAGGACUAUUAGCAUAACCAUGAAGGGCCAUUAGCAAAAACAUGAAGGACUCAUUAGCGUAAAUAUUGAUAUUAGCAUAAACAUGAAUGACCAUUAGUAUAAACAUUGCUAUUGGCAAAAACAUUUAGAAUCAUUAGCAUAAUUCAUAUAUAAUAAGGUACAAUGUUCGAUUUGAAAAGAACCAAUUAUAUUUUCUAAUAGAGAAAUUGGCUUCUUUUAAAGUAUUAGCCACAGCACAAAAAUUGAAUAGGUAAGAUUUCAAAAGAAUUCUGACCUACAUGAAAAAAAUAAACCUAAAUGGAAGUCCAAGAAUUAAUAUUACCGAAUCCAAACGACCAAUAAUAACAAAACACGGAAAGAAUCCAUAAAACAAACAACACAUUUAUAAUGCUAUUUGGAAUGCAUAAUUAUCGAAUUAACAAACGCUAUGACUAAAUGUAUACAACGUUUGUUUAAUUUUAUUUUCAAUCGCAAUGCACGUCUUCUUCAUUUUAGUGGAGAUAUACCACACAAGGUAUAAGUUGGGAAAAUACCCUCAAAUGGACGCCAUCAGUUACCUUUAAAAUGUUUUGAUCAUGGUUUAAAUAAUUAAAAGUAUUUAGUUUUUCCAACAUUUGAUGUAACAUUAAGUAUCUGUUCUUAUUUGUAAACAGUAUGCAGUGUGUCCCAGAAAAAAAAAAGCGGGCCUGGACAAAUCAGCGGUCAUAUCUAAAUACAUAUUCAUAUGAGACAAAAUUAUGUUGACUGAAUUGCAAUAAAAACUCUUAAAGCCGUGACUAGACACGUAAGAACUCCACAAAAUCGAAAUUUACACUCGUUGCGGCAAUAGCUUGUGCUGGUAAAUUAGUGGAGAGAGGGAGACCACGAACCUUUACCACAUACACAAACACAUUUCACAUGCAAACCAGAAGAGACUAUGUCUUUAUGUCAUAACACGUUUACAUGUAAAAUAAGUUACUAUAUUGAAUUUGUUCAGUUUGGUGUUUGUUGGUGUUUUUCAUCAAAAGUAACAUGACGAAAACUUAGGAAAUAAUAUUAUUAUCUGUUGAUGUCAAGAAGUUUGUAUAAUUUGUCUGGUUUAUCCAUCCAAAAAUAGAUGCAACAUGAUGUUCUUAUUUCUUCUGGUUCUUUUUCUUUCUAUCACAUUUGCAAGUCACCGUAAGGCCAUACAAUUUUGUUUUAUGGAUGAACAUCAAGUGCAUUAGCAUCAAUGAUUCAUUUGCAUUAUUUGAGUUAUAAGCAUUUGAAAAAGUAUAAGCGUCGCAAUUUGGAACAUAUAAACUUCUUGUAAGGUUAACAUUUGCCAUUUGUUUUACAAUUUUGCCCGGAAAAUGAAUUUGGUUGAAAUUUACGGGGAAAAGGGCUACAUGCAGUGCAACAGAAGAACACAUACCAAUUCGAUCUUUGGACAGAUAUGCUAUUAAAAGAAAUAUUGCGUCGAAAAUUUGGGGGAAAUCAUUCAAAAUAUGAUUAUUUUGCAAUAAUUAGGUGAUUUUUGGCCAAAUCUCGGAAAUUUUGGGGUUUUGAAUAUGGAUUGAUGUUGAAUUUGCGAUAUCUGCGUUGUUAGGAGAUAAGUAAAUUUUUGAUCAAAUGUUGCUUGAAAAGUACAUGUAUACAUUUCUUGCAAUCUUUUUUUAAUGAAUAAGAUGAAAUUGCUUGAAACUUGCAGGGAAGAUGCAUACAGGCC